AUGCUCCAAUUGGCUUCGGUGAUCUCUGAGAUCGCAGCACUGCAGGCCGCCCUUGUAGAGUGCUGGUCGCUUUGCAACACUCUAGCUACCUUAAGCUCAAUCCACAGAGAACGAGCUAGUUUCCUUGUCGGAAACCAGGAUGACGCCUGGAAAUCAUGCUGGCGGUUGUGUCAACAGUUAUACUGUCAACUCAAUGAUAAUGAUACAUCCCAAAUUAACCCAACACUUGACCUCUGCCGCGACUUCUGUCAGACUCUUUUUGAGGCUAGAACUCGCGACAAUGAAAUUUCGGACUCUGUUCUUCGUGUCAGUUUUGAGCUCAAUAAUCAUCUCUAUAACACACACGACCGUAAUCUACCAGACGCUUUUAGGGAAAGAACCCUGGACUUCUACAUCACAUUAUGCCACCGGCUAAUGAAACAGCGAAAUCGCCUACCGGAGACAGACUCGCUCCUGAGCGCCUGCUGGUCAUUGGCCGAAAUGCUGUUCAGUAUACGCCAAAGCAAAAAAGAAGGACGAUCGCUGGAUGAAGAACUGCUUGGCUCUGCAGUCCAGGCCUGCUGGGAGCUUUCUGAUAUCUUCCGAGAAGGGUGGACGCAGAGAAGCCUACGGAAGUCUGACCGUGGAACACCUCGACCAAGCCAGGCAACCUUUGUGGCAGCAGAAGCUCAACGUUCUGAUACAGUUGAUAUUGCAACUACGAGACGCGAACCCGAGACACCGACUACAAUAUUCGAAGAUGUCGGUACUACCUCCCCCGAAGAAGGGCCCGUUCAAAAUAUAUUUGUUCUCGGCCAACGCCGGAAUAUAGCUCCAUACGCUAAUUGGUCAUCAAUCACAUCAACUACCUCAGAGAGAUCUCAAGGCUCGAGAACAUCAACAAAUACCGUUAUAACGCUCUCUAACGAUUUGAAAGUCAACAGCCUUAGAGCACUGAUAGCCAAGGCGGCUUUGAACAACGGCUUCCAGCGCAAUGGAGCACAGGGCUUUAUGUCGUUUGUCAAAUCAAUCUCGUCUGACGCGUUUGGGUCCGCCCCUUGGCAGAUAUCUCUUCUGAAUCAUUACAAGGCGUUGGUGGCUUACGAGCCAGUUUUUCAGACCAUCGGACCUUCAACCAGGGUGAGCGCAAUGGAUAUAGCUAGGGCGGUUAAGCUAAUGGCCCAAAGUGGACAGUACCUCUGGCUGUAUGACCUGUAUCGCCACGUAUUUGGUUUCCAUGUCGAAGAGGGACUGAACCGAGAUUCCAUUGUGUUACACACAUAA